AUGGGCUCGGACAUCACAAACAUGCUCAUCCCAAGCAAAGCUCCCUUCUACGGCAUCGUACCGAGGAACUCGGCUGCACCACUAGGGACUGUAACCCUCCCAGUGACCUUCGGCAUGAGCGACAACUACAGGACCAAAUACAUCAAGUUCGAGGUGGCAAACUUCAAAACUUCAUACCGCGCCAUCCUAGGAAGACUCGCAUUGGCCAAAUUCAUGGUUGUGCCCCACUACGUCUACCUACUUCUCAAGUUGCUAGGAAAUAGUGGCAUGCUCGCCUUCCUCCGCGACUUGAAGAAGUCAUAUGACUACAACCAGGAGGCUAUCGAGUAUGCUUCGACAUUGCACGUGCUGAAUCCUUCUACAGAAGUACUCGUGGCCGCGCAACAACUCUCCCAGUCAGGCCUGGAUAUCCUGAUGAAGAAGGCGAACCAGACAAAGAUACAGGCUACUGGGGAAGUUGCCCUCAAAGCAAUCCAGUUGCAAGAAGGCGACCUAUCAAAGAUAGCCCUCAUCAGCACAGGGCUUGAUGACAAAUAG